UUGAACUUUGUGGUUCUUAUCAUGACGUGGCUUUAGAAUUCGUGAUGGGGCUGUGUUUAUUAUUGAUGCAGUGUUAUGCCGAGCCUUGCUGUGGCUACUGCUAUGUUUGGUGACGGCGUUUAGUAGUGUCGCAUCCCUGCUUCUCUCUUCCCUCCGACAAGCUGAUCAUGGCUGCAGCAACACAAGAACAACGAGCUCAGCACACACAGCCACAGCAGGAGCAGCAAUACGGCAACAAUGAGGAGUACAUCACAGCGCUGCAGGGUUGGAUUGCCCAGCUGUACCAACUGCAGUGUGUGGCCAUGUCCUUCCCUUACUUCCUGGCCAGUCUACACUCUCAGGCCUCUCAGGGUGUUCCUCUGAUCCCUCCAACCCUGGAACAUUCUACAACAUCCCUUCCAACCCCACCCACCGCCACCCGUACCACCACCACACCACAGCAGCAGCAACAACAGCAGCAACAACAGCGACCACAACAGCAGCAGCAACAACAGAGGCAACAGAUACCACAGAGAGGAAUAGAGUACAAGAUCCCCCCAGUGUGGAAGAGGCUUGUAGCAGAGGUCAUUGACUUUGCCCUCCUCUUUGUCAUCAAGCUUGCCGUCACAUUUGCUGCUGUGGACACUUUUGACCUCUUCAGUAACGUCAAGAAAUAUGAAUUUGAGAACCUACGUGCUGAUUUCCUGGCCGACUACCACCUGGCUUUCCAAAUGACCUCAGAGAUCCUUGUCCUGGAGCUCAUUCAUCGUGUGGCCACUUGCCUUUUUGAGGCCUUGUGUCUCCACCGUGGGUCAGGGGGAGCAGGAGGAGCCACACCUGGUAAGAAGAUUAUAGGUCUCCGUGUGGUGUACUGUGAGUGGGUGGCGCCAACUGCAGCAGAUCAGGCCCUGGUGUAUCCUGCAUCGGACCUUGGACUAGCCCGGGCCAUUCUUCGGUCAGUCAUGAAGAACUUCCUGCUGAUGUUCCUGUUCCCUGUGUGCUUCACUUUCAUCUCCUUCCACCACAACCGCACCAUUUAUGAUGUGCUGGCUGGCUCUGUGGUUGUGGAGGAAACGCCGCUCCGCCAGCGCAACAAUCACAACAAUAACAGAAACUGAUUGUUGUUUCCUACUACUGCAAUUAUUUUACCUCUAGAUGUUUUUAUGAGUUUCCAGCAUUCACCACCACUACUGUGGAGUGCUGUGAAAUGCAGUGUCUGUUUACACUGCAGGGGAGUUCUGUAUCUACAUCCCAGUGUACAGUUGGCAUUUUCUUAAGUGACUGCCUGCUCCAAGGUUUACCCUGCCUAGUCUGGUCUGUAGUGACUGGGAGGAUUAAAGACAGUGGAGAAAGGAACUAGCCACUUUGCUCUGUAUGCUGAGGUCUGGGAUUGAGUGGUGCUUCCAGUCUAUCACUGACCUUCAUUUAAUUUUCUCACCUUUACUUAACAUAGCAAAUCUGUUAUACACGUCUUCACCAUUGAGAACCUGAUGCUUCACCACCUAGUACUACUUCAGGUACAAGGAAGUCUGAGAAUUAGUGAUUAAUAUUUUUGUGUCCUUGUGUAAUGUCUUUAUAUAAUAUGGGCCACAUCUUCCAGAUUAAUGAUACAGCCACUACUUCUACCAUUGCUUAUAAUUAUGCUGGUUUUAUUACUGCUGCUACUUCUACUACUAUCUCUUAUCACUACUUUUUUCUGUUUUAACAUAUUUUACGUACAUUUGGAAAUACUUUGAGGUAAUUAGUGUGUAUUUUGAUACAUAUGAUUUUUCUAUACAAUGCCUAUAUCAAAAUUUUUGACAGCUUUUUUUUUUUUUUCCAUGUUGUCAUUGAAUCAAUGAUUUUAGUGAAUGAGUUACUGUAAUAUGGACAUGAAUUAGAAAGGAGAUGCACUUCAGACACCUUAUGGUUCUGAUAUUAUCUCUGGUGGUGAGGAGGAAGACCAUAUUCAUCUUCCUCGGCUCUGGAGAGUGUGGGAGUGCUGGUUUGUUGACAGUUUACUGAGUGUGUGGAAUAAUGCACUACUGUUAUAGUGAAAAGAUUUUCUUCCUUUCAAAGUGAGACGUCUCAGUAUUACAAAAGAAUGUCAAAUACUACUGUGCUACAUUUACCUCUACUAUACAAUCAUUGGACCUGUUGAAUGGAAGGGACCAGUUCAUAUUGUAUCAUUGUUAUUUACUGAUUGAACUUGAGAAUGUAAAGAUAGAGUAUAUACUCUAGUUGUGUGGAUGAGAGAGUGUGUGUUUUUCCUACCUGAUUAUCUACUUUAAAUCAUCCUUGUAUUAAAGGUAAUCACAAACUCAUGGAAAAUCAGGUUCCCAAAGAAAUAUACCUAUAGUAAAUACUAA